GUCGCUCUCGCUCCCUCCACUGACCUGCCCUGCCCUGCCCCGUCCCGCCGGUGGGAAACAAAAGCGCCAUUCCGAACCGAUGGAGGCGUUCCCCCAGAGCCCGCCCACUCGCUGGUGCUACUCAGAGAGUCAGAGUCCUCGCCUCCUCAGCCGUCCCCCACCACCACGGCCGGGGCCGGGGCCGGCCACCAUCACAAAAGCACAAAAGCCAACCACACCCACACCCACACCCACACUCACGGACUCGGCCGUCCGGUUCCCGGCAGGCAUGUGCUGAUGGAAUUUAGGGGUCAGGAACCCGUCCACGAGACGGGCACCAGCUCCACGCCGCCGCUCGCGCACGCCGCCCUGCCCGGGGCCUCCUCGGGGAACCACGCCCCGGCGGCGGUACCCGAGGUGAGGUACCACGAGUGCCUGCGCAACCACGCGGCAGCGCUGGGCGGGCACGUCGUGGACGGAUGCGGGGAGUUCAUGCCCGGCGCCGGCGCCGGGGACGACGCGCUCAAGUGCGCGGCCUGCGGCUGCCACCGCAGCUUCCACCGCAAGGACGACGGGCAGCGCCGCCAGCUCAUGCUCCCGGCCCCCGCGCCUCCGCCGCCGGCGACCCCGCGCGUCCCGCUGCUCCUGCCGCCGCCGCCCCACCCCUACGCCGCCGCUGGCCACUACGCGCCGCCGUUCCCGUACCACGCCACGCCCAGCGGCAGCGGCGGCACGACGACCGAGUCGUCCAGCGAGGAGCGGGGGCCACCGGCCGCGCACGGCGCGGCAGCGCAGGGGCACUUGCGGCGCAAGCGGUUCCGGACUAAGUUCACGCCGGAGCAGAAGGAGCAGAUGCUGGCGUUCGCGGAGCGGGUGGGGUGGCGGAUGCAGAAGCAGGACGAGGCGCUCGUGGAGCAGUUCUGCGCGCAGGUCGGCGUGCGGCGGCAGGUGUUCAAGGUGUGGAUGCACAACAACAAGCACAGCGGCAGCGGCAGCGGCAGCAGGAGGCAGCCGCAGCUGCCGCCGCAGGAGCAACAAUCCCAGCAGCAGCAGCAGUAGCCAUGGUGGGAGACAAGGCUCAACACCACGAGCAUUUGCUUAAUCCCCACCUCAAUAUUUUUAUGCGUCCGACAGAGGUGGGAUUAAACAAGGAAGGGAAAUGAGAUGCAUCUAAUUGCUGCCAUGCAUGGAGUUAGGAGUCUUCUUCCAAACCUGAUCCCUUUGCUGGAGUACUGGUGCUUCAAGUCUAGAGUCUUUGGUUAUGGCUGGUCACACUGUCCCAUCUCCAAUCCAGAAGUGAGAGACUACGAGGAUUUCGUGUCAUGAAAUUGUGAGGCCCAUGCUGCGAGAGAUGAGACUAUGAGACGCAGAUAAGGAUGUAUUGAAUUCCCUCCAAGAAAAUUGCAGAACACAAAAGAAGGUGGGGAUAAUGAGAAACUUUGCAUCACAAGUUUUUUUGGUGCAGCAAAUUUGGUUUCUUUUGGUGCAGUUCUCUUCGACGGUAAACUGCUAAAUUUGGAGAGUUUUGUCAAACCAGAUGAAAAGGACAUGAGGAACACGCGUCACCUCUAGAAUCAGGUGCAGCUGAGAUAAUUCCUCCCCAGAGAAAACCAGUUCAGGUGAAUGACACAGCAAUGAGUGAUCCUGGACUUCUGCAACAAUUGUUAGAACUUUAGCCCAUCAUGGUGCUACUGAAUGGUCAGUCUUAUCAGUUCUGAUCGUUUUGUCUUUUCAUAUGCAUUUCUGACAUGUCUUAUUAAUAAUCCAAGAGACGGAACUAUUCAAGAAUCAA